UGGGGGGAAAAAAAUCUGCGAGGACUUGGUCGGUGUCACAUCACGCUGCUGUUCUCUGUGUGUGGGCCUAUACCUGUAGUUAUCGCCUGUUGCUUCCCACCGAUCAUUGCACAUGGCUUCAGUUAAAGAAAAAGCCGCGAUGUUGAACCUUGCAGGAAAAUCAUGUGAGCGCCCUAAAGGUGAGUAGACCUAAAUCAAAUAACGAUUUCAAGGAGUCCUCGGUUUUCAGCUCAAAGUGUAUUGAAUACGGUCAAAUUGUGGCAAACACCCCCCACUAAUCAAUUAACUCCCAAUUCAAUGCAGGAGACUGUAAAAAAAAAAGCUAAAAAAGGACGAAUCAUCUAGCCCUUUACGGUUCUCGUGUCAAUAUUUUACCUUACUCACAUUAAUCAGUCAUACAUAUUACUUUAACUCCGCACUGACAAUCUUUAGAUAUGACAACAGCCUAUUAAGUUAUCCGUGUCUUUUCCAGCACACGGAGAACCCAGAGAACCGGUUCAGUCUUCCUCCACGUGGAGUGGCCUGAUCUCCCAUCUCAGAUCCUCGGUGACACUGAAACGUCAACGAGUCCACUUGAAGUUUUACAGGGACUGCUUUCUCGGCUCAGAGGCUGCUGAUGUGAUAGAGGAACACAUUAACCACGUCCACGGCCUUCAGGGUGUGUGUUUGCCUGCAGGGCAGUGGGUGUUAUAGUCUCUGGAGUGUGCGAAAAUUCAACAUUACACUUUUGGGUUUGCUUUUUAAUUUGACCCAGAUCUAUUCUUAAUUUAAUUCUGUUUAUGAACAAUAAUAAAUUUCAUAAUUUGCCUUUUGUCUCUUGAUUCACAAACAUGUAAGGUGCCUGUGCUCCUCGGGAGGAGGCGGUAACUGUGUGUCAGGCUCUGUUAGACUGUAACAUGUUUGAGAAAGUAGGGGCAGAGGUAUUUGGCAAAGACAAGAAGAGGACUGUGUUUCAAGACAGCAAGAGAGCUGUAUAUAGGUACGAAACACUCUGAUAUGAAAGUAACAUACUGGGUUUACAUACUGGGCUUUACACAUUGGUCUUGUUAUUUGUCUUCACAGGUUUACAGAAGUGUGUAAUCAAUCAGUCAGUGAUCUGGAGAAAAGUUAUCCUGUGGAUGAGCUCCAAAAACAUCUCUGCAGAACUCUAUCUGAAAGGUAAAAAUCUGAAAUAAUUGCAAAACUUUCAUGUAAUUAAACAUCUACAUAUCUACAUCCACUUACAGCUCCUGUAAGGAACUUUUGGUGCCCAUGUUGACAAAGCAGUCAUUGUUUAUCUAGUCUUCUACAGUUUAAGUAGCUAAGUGACAUUUGACAGACAAAUCUAUCAUUUGUUUGAAUAUAUUUUGUGAAAAUUAUAAAAACAGGGCAGUUUAUUUGUCUUCUUUGCUGGCACACUAGCUCCUCACACUAAUUUAAGGCAUUAAUGAUUAAAACAUAAAAUUGUCACUUAUGGUGUUGUUUGCUUUUACAUUAUAAAGACAUCAGUAUGAAUUUUAGUCGAUUUCAUAAACAUUGAAAACCACAUUAGCUUCAAGGAAAAGUUAAAGGAAACCCCCACACUUCUCAUCUGUGUGCUUUACAUUUUAGGCAGGAGGUGAAGACAUUCUCCGAUACAAGAUCACAUGUUCAGACUCUCAUCAAAGCCCACCAACUGGACACUCCUGCCUCUGCCAACCUGUCAGGAAAGCCUCCGGUGGACACUCUGAAACAGAGUCCUGGCAAGAUUGAGACAGAAACAGUUUACCCACAAUCAUGUGAGACACUAAGUUCAUAAUGCUUUGAUGUAAAGUCCUUUUUGUUACUCACCCAUGGUCUCAGUGCAUGAGGUAGAUACAAGAACCCAUCCGUUUUCAAGCACAAUGCAACUUUACUGAGCAAAAAUGAAAAAGGCAACAUCCUUUAGGAUUUUAUCUUCUUCUGGGCUUUAUUUUUAAGAUUUUUUUUAUCAAACAAGGGCCCUUGACCUUACCCUUAAAUGUGAAUAAUACAAAGGUCCUUAUUCAAAAUGGAAACUAGAAACUAUUUAACAGCCCAUUAUGAUUAAUUUGUUAUUCCUUUCUCCAGUGGUAGAAGGUAUAUGGCAAGAGCAGACCCUCCAGAGGCUGCUGAACCUGGUGGAGCUUCCUAUACUGGAGGGUGUUCUUCAGUGUUGCCAGGCCCCAUCUUCUCCUCCAUCAACCCCUUUGACUCACAAUAACACAGACCUGAUCUACAGCAGCAACCACCUGGACAGACAGAUCCUCAAGGCUUUCAAGGAGACUCAGUGUGUUUGUUUGUCAUUUUUGAGAGGGGUUUGCUGCCUUUACUGUCUUACAUCUCAUCUUCUAAAGCAGUACAAGGCAGCUUGUGACUUGGGACAGAUAUGAUGUUAUUUAAUUUGUUGAUUGAUUGUCUUUUGACUGUCUAUUUUUUUUUUCAGGGAGGAUGAGUGGCUCUGUGCAGCUUUGGAUUGUCUUGCCUUUCUACCUGAUCAGCCAGUAGUGGAGCUAAGCAGAGAGCUGUCUCACUGCUUUGCAGUGGACCAUGACAGCUGUGAGCAAAUGCCAGCUGAUAGCACUUUCCAAGAAAGAGGCAAGUGCUUUGAAUACUAAAAGAGGGUUGUUGGUUUGAAUAACUCUGUAGUGUUCACAAAGGCCAAUACCUUGAGCUUUUAUUUGUAACAAUAAAACAUCAUACAUGUCUGCUGCAGCUAAUGAUGGAGAAGAACUUCCUCCUCCAUCUACGGGGGAUUUGACUCAGUAUAAACUGCUGCUUUACUCGACCCUGGUGUCACACUACAGCCACAGACCCCCACUGCUCCCCGAGCACAUGGCGGAUGUCUACACAGCAAUUGCUGACUUGCUGGGUAAGAACUAGUGUUGUGGUCUCUUUUGUGGUUUCUCAAAGUAGUUGACUUUAUUCCUUAUCUGAAUUUAGUGUUCUUGUAUAAAUGAACUCGAGUUUUAGAAAACAUUCUCAAGUCAUCUUAAAAUCUAGUAUCCUCUGCAUCACUUACUUAAACGUCCUUUUUGUCUUACCAGUGAAAUUUAAGAUGGUCGUAGCUCUUGAGGCUCUGCAGCUCUGUCUGAAACUGCUGCCUGCCGCCUGCAGAGACGAGCUGCGCAAGCUGCUAACAUUUGCUGCUCUUGCUGGUGAUCCACAAGGGAUAAAAUUGGACAAGCAGGUGAAUGCCUAUAAAUAUUGUGCUGGAACAUGCAUUCUGAUUACAUUGCACCUUUUUUUAAGUGUAGAGUAAUUACAUACAGUAGGUAUGCAGCCAAGCUGAACUCAAUUAACAAUAACAUCAAAAUUAGAAACUACUAAAAUAGUCAGCUAACCAGAUAAUGAACUUUAUAAGACUAUGAAAUAUCAGUGUUGCUAGCACAGUAACGUGACAACAAUGGUGGGGCUCAAGGCUACACGGGCAUCAUGGUGUUGUAUGCUUCAAUACACCCAGAGUAUUUAACCUCUUAUUCAUAGAUAUGCUCAAGAAGAGUGUCAACAUCUAGUUGUGAUAUACCUCUUUCUUAUUAUGUCGGUAAAGAAGGCUCCCAAAUGUAGACCUAGACCACAUUUUGUAAAUGAAGCACACGUAACUUCAGUAUCAUGUUUCCCUCAUCCAGAUAUUGUAUAAAGACACGGAUACCUUACUUUUUUAUUUACUUCAUAAAUGGGGUCAUAAGUGUUGUACUGUUUUGCCAAAGGCAGUAAACAGUCGAGCUAGUUUCCAAGACUACACAUGCUCAUUUUUCCCCCUUUCUGUUAGUUGACAUCUGAGAUGUUUUUGCAUCCUGUAGGUGGAGAAUAGACUGGCAGUGAAGAGGUCUUUUUGUAGAGCAAUCCUCCACAGCAAGGCUCUGUCAAAGGAGACAGAGGAUCUGAUUGUGGUCUUCAUGCUCAGCAACGAGAAGGACAUUUUUAAAGUAGGUGGUUUAAAUACUGUGAGAAUUUAUUCAGUUUUGUGAAUGAAGACCACAGUUUAUUAUGAUGGAGAUUUGAUGGAGAAGUGUGCAGUGAAUUUCUAUUUUAUAUGAAAAUUUUGGAAAGUCAAUCUCUGAUAAUGUCCUGAUUUAACCUUGGACAGCUAGAGAAGGUAAACCAUUAAAAAAUAACCUACAGCUUGUAUAAGAAUGAAUCACAAUUUGCAAUCAACUGUGGCAAGAAAGAUUAUAAAGCAAGAAAAUUCAGCAACAUUACCGGUGUCAUUUAUCACUCACUUGCUGUUAGUGUCCACACGUUGGCACAUGCUUUACAACUUAAAAAAAAGAUGUAGUUGAAUAAGAGAUUAUAGGUCACAACAAUUGCAGAAAAGCAUGCCAGAUCCUGAGGGGACUGUUUUGUAUACUAUAAGUUGACAGGUAAGACUGCGGUAAGGUUACUGAGGUAAGAAGGAAAAAGACUAUUUACAUCUAUGUGCACUGCUCUGUGAAGCCAUAGUAUUUAAUGCCCCUCAUGUACAUUGCAUUUUUGCACAAACUUAGGUUAUUCCCACUACUUGGGAUAUUUAAUUUUUAGGUGAAUUACACCCGUUGGUACUAAAGAAACAGUGCAGCCUGAUUUGAAUACACUGACACACAUCUGUUGACCAGGACUAGGACGCAUUAUUGACAUCAAAGGAAUACCAGUAUGCUUGUUAAACCCUCUUUAUCAGAUCAGUCUUAGUUUGUACAUUUUUACCAUUAGUCUAUUCAUAACAAAGUUUGUAACUUAGUCCAACUUUUCUUGCACAUUUUUUUUCACAAUAUACAAGCUUUUUUGAGCACUUUCAUCAGGAAACACACCUAAAAUCUGAUUUAGCUAUUUUUUUUUUCAUGAAAAGAUGAGCCACUAAGACCAUCUUUUUUCCCGCCUGUAGAUACCAGGAGCUCUGCACAGAGAAGUGAGUGACCAACUGGCCAGCCUUGGGAAGCUGCCGAAACUGUCUGGUAAAGAACUGCUCAAGGAAAUCCACCAUUCAAUACCAUUUAUAAAUAUAAGAGCUCCUAAAUUUGGAGUAGAUGGUAGAUACCACACUGUUCUUAUUGAGUUGCAGCUGUUGUUAAUUAUUGUACAUUGAUGGUUAUGGCUAACUAUUACGUACUGUAUGUCACCAAGCAUGAAAUAUUUAAUACUUUAUUUUUAUCUCUUUAGGUCCUCUAACAUGUCAGCAGGUCUCCAUAAAAAAUGACUCUGACACUAAAAAGAACAACACUAACCAGGAACUGUGCGCUCUGCUGAAAAGCAUCCACCAGGACACCAAGAUUUCUGCCAAGAAAAGAAAACAUCUUUUAGCGCAAUUUUACCAAGCUCACCCAUCGAUAUUUAACCAGUAUUUUGGUGAAUCUGCUGCUACUUUGCUCUGAAUAUGUGACGACCACGAGAUGUAAUCUGUUGUCACUGAUUCUCUCCUCUGCUAUUAUCACCAGUAGAUAGUUUUGGGCACAUAGCAAAUCUUUAAGGCACAAGCUAAAGCUGGUUGAAUACAAAUGCUUGUGAGUGACAAAAUCUUGAUCUAAUCUUACAAUGCUUACAAGAAAAAUAUCCCAGCAGAUAAAUGUAUAUUUAUACUUGUAUUUACUGUAUUAUUGAAAUAAAUAAAAGUUGUUUUUUUAUAUUCAU